ACGUCAUGUCACACGAAUAAUUUUUUAAUUUAAAAUCAACUUUUUUUUUUAUAAUUUCCAACAAAGUGGUUUUUAUCAUUAGUAAAGUUGUAAUGUUAUAUAAAUUUUAUCAGUUCAUAAAAGUAUGUCUUCCUCAUCAUUUUGUCAAUAUAGAAGUAUCCAAAUAGUUUAAACGGGAAACAUAUUUUACUGUGUUAUUGAUAUCACAACUGAUAAUACUCAAAUACUUGGCAAAAUUACUGUUUUUAAAAAAUUAUUUCUAUAUAAUUGUAAUAUUCACCUGGUAAUGGAAAUUUUAUAAAUGCAAUAAUAAUAGUUAAUGAUAUAUUAAGUCCUGAAAGAAUGACAAUGAACUUUUUUUCUACACAUCAAGUAGUUUCUGUCAUUUUUCUAGUAGCAGUAUACACGAUUAAAAUCAGAUGUCAGGAAGAGAAUGAUCAGAAAUUUCCGAAAGGUUUCACCAUUGGAACUGCAACUUCCUCAUAUCAAAUUGAAGGAGCCUGGAAUAUAAGUGAUAAAGGUGAAAAUGUUUGGGAUCAUUUCACACAUCGUCCGGACUCGACAGUUCAUAAUAAAAGUACUGGGGAUGUGGCUUGUAAUUCAUACUAUCUCUACAAAGAAGAUGUUAAACUCAUAAAAAACAUUGGAUUUGAUUUCUAUCGAUUUUCGAUAAGUUGGGCGAGAAUUUUGCCAACUGGUUUUCCAAAUUACGUCAGUAAGGACGGUUUGAAAUAUUAUCACAAUUUACUUGAUGAACUGAUUGCAAAAGGAAUCCAACCCUAUGUGACACUGUAUCACUGGGAUCUUCCUCAAACAUUGGAGAAAUUGGGAGGAUGGACAAAUGAACUGAUGGUACAAUGGUUCACUGAUUACGCCAGAGUUGUAUUUCAGGAAUUAGGACCAAAAAUAAAAAUCUUCUAUACUGUUAACGAGCCGUUUAUAUUUUGUGGCUUUGGUUAUGGACAGACACUACUCGCACCCGGGAAAAAUAUGUCUGGAGUUGCCGACUAUCUAUGUGGUCAUAAUGUAUUGAAAGCUCACGCAAGUGUUUAUCACUUGUAUCAUAAUGAAUUUCGCAAAAAACAAAAAGGUAGGAUAGGAAUAGUGAACAUUUGCAAUUCCUACAUAGCAAAAAAUAAAGAUCCAAUAUUAGAAGAUGAAGCAUUUCAAUUUUCCUGCGGAUGGUUUGCUCAUCCAAUAUUCUCGAAAAUUGGAGAUUAUCCACCGGUAAUGAAAAAACUUGUCAAAGAAGCAAGCCUUAGGGAAGGAUGGCCCAAAUCAAGAUUACCAGUGUUUAACAAAAAAUGGAUCAAUUUCAUUAAAGGUACAUCAGACUUUUUUGGAUUAAAUCAUUACACCAGUGAAAUGAUCGAACCAGGAAGAAGUAACAAAAUGAACAUAUUGCACGAUUUUAAUGCAACUUUCAGUUCAGAUCCAAAAUGGCCCAGGGCAAAAAGUUUUUGGUUAGCUGUUGUUCCUGAAGGAUUUAGAUUGAUACUUCUCAGAUUGAAAAAGGAGUACGGUAAUAUUCCAAUUCACAUUACAGAAAAUGGAUAUUCGGACCAUGGUGUUCUGUGGGAUGAGAAUCGUGUGGAAUUUUAUUAUUCGUACUUGAAGGAAAUGUUAAAAGCAAUUCAUCAAGACAAAUGUAAUGUUCAAUCUUAUACUGUUUGGAGUUUAAUGGACAACUUUGAGUGGGCUAGUGGAUAUAGUGAUCGUUUUGGAUUGGUUCAUGUGGAUUUCGAUAAGCCUUCGAGGGAACGCACUCUCAAGUAUUCUGCUAAAUGGUUCAAAAGUUUACUUAAAGUUCGUAAACUAUCUAUGGAGUACAAAUAAAAAUUAAAUAAUUGACGCAUUAAUGUAAACCAGUUUUUUUGAAAAACAUUUCAAAAUCAUUUGAAAAACAUUUCAAAAUCAUUUUAAAAUCAUUUCAAAACAUUUCAAGAAUGUAAGGUAAACAUUGAAAUAAAAUGGAAAAUAAAAUAAAAUUUGUUUAAAAGUAAAAA